UUAGUGAUCGCAGUGCAUAACCAGUCAGACACUGAGACAGAAGAAGUCAAGUAACCGUGGCGAUGGAGAGAACAGUUGUUGUUGUUGCUCUGAUAAUGCUGUUGCAGGACACCCAGGGUUCUGGGAAGCCGCUGAACUCCUCGGCUGAACAGAAGCAGAUCAGGGAUCUUGUUUUUCAGCAAGGAUUCAACUUGACUGAGCUCAUGCAAAAAGACACAGCACAAGCAAGAGCAGUCGUACGCCCGAAGAUCAAGCCGACAACACUGAAGAACGAGAGUGCAGCACAAGCAAGAUCACUUGUAGUCAAGAAGAUCAAUCCAAAAACACUGAAGAACGGGAGUGCAGCACAAGCAAGAGCAGUCGUACGCCCGAAGAUCAAGCCGACAACACUGAAGAACGAGAGUGCAGCACAAGCAAGAGUACUCGCAGUCAGGAUAAUCAAUCCAAAAACACUGAAGAACGAGAGUGCAGCACAAGCAAGAGCAGUCGUACGCCCGAAGAUCAAGCCGACAACACUGAAGAACGAGAGUGCAGCACAAGCAAGAUCACUUGUAGUCAAGAAGAUCAAUCCAAAAACACUGAAGAACGAGAGUGCAGCACAAGCAAGAGUACUCGCAGUCAGGAUAAUCAAUCCAAGAACACUGAAGAACGGGAGUGCAGCACAAGCAAGAGGAGUCGCACGCCCGAAGAUCAAGCCGACAACACUGAAGAACGAGAGUGCAGCACAAGCAAGAGUACUCGCAGUCAAGAUAAUCAAUCCAAAAACACUGAAGAACGAGAGUGCAGCACAAGCAAGAGGAGUCGCACGCCCGAAGAUCAAGCCGACAACACUGAAGAACGAGAGUGCAGCACAACCAAGAGUAAUUGCAGUCAAGAAGAUCGAUCCGAAAACACUGAAGAACGAGAGUGCAGCACAAGCAAGAGUAAUUGUAGUCAAGAAGAUCAAUCCAAAAACACUGAAGAACGGGAGUGCAGCACAAGCAAGAGGAGUCGCACGCCCGAAGAUCAAGCCGACAACACUGAAGAACGAGAGUGCAGGUGAGGUGGCCUUCUCAGCUGCUUUAGGCCUGCCAGCAGGACUGAGAGGCCCAAAGAAUGCUGACACAACUCUGGUCUACAAAAAUGUCCUAACAAACAUUGGAAAUGCCUACAACUCAGUUACAGGGAUCUUUACAGCUCCAUUCAGAGGGGUCUACUAUAUUUGCUUCACAGCAGGCGUGAAUGACAACAACAGCUUCAAUCUAGGACUGACUCUGUACAAAAACGGGAAUGCUCUGCUGCAUUUGGGUGAAAACGGCAGUGACGGCUAUGCUAAGCAUGUCUCGACUGGAGUCGCUCUGGAGCUGGUGGUGGGAGAUCAGUUGUACACGAAACUCCCAGCGAACUACGUGGUCUAUGAUGAUUCACUCUUCCGCACUAGUUUUAGUGGCUUCCUCAUCUACCCCAUGUGAAAGAUGCAAAGGCCUAGUGCUAAAAUUACUAUGAGGCUUGUCUUGUCCUGAACUAUUUUGAUCAACUACUUAAUCAACUAUCAAUAUUCAAUACUGAGUAACCAGCUGUGACAUCAUUUAACCUGCUUUAGCAUUUUGGGUAAAGGGAAUUUUAUGUAUAUGACAAAACCAUUAUCAGAGAACUGCUUCUCUGAAAUGUCUUUUGGAUGCCAGACGCUAGAGGGCGGCCUUGAGCAAGUCCAAAUAUAAUGGAUUCCUUGUGUAUGAAAUAGUUGCUUGCAAAUGCUUAAUCAUUGUUAGACAGACAAAUGAAUUAAUGUUCUGAACAAAAAAUGGCAUAAAAUAUUUCAGUGCUGUCAUAUUUUCGAAAGCCUUUGAACGCCAGUUAUAGGUGUUGCUAAAAGUGCUUGCUGUAUAUUCAUGACAUGGGUGAGCGCAAACUGCUAUGCUCAGUCAAUAAGUUGAUCAGCUCACCAACCAAUCAACUCUUAGUAGCAGUAACGCUAACCAAUCAGCUCUCAGUAGCAGUAACACUAACCAAUCA